GCGACGCGGUAUUUGGAUGGACCUGAGCUCCGGAAAAGUGGACUCAGUUCUGGGGACGCGAUUAUUCUUACCAAAACCUCCUUCGCCAAACUGAGGAUGGACUUUGACGAAGAUGAUUUCAUCUUUAUUGAAUCUGCUGAUGCUCCUGUGGAAAGUCUCAAACCACUGACACCAUCAAAGGCGGGACGGUACAGACCUCAACCAGCAUAUGCGAAGCGUACAGGAGUGGUGGAUGAUGCAGAACCAUCUAGCUCAAAACCAAAGCUCAAGAGGAGCUUCAGAACCAGUCCUGAAGUUCCUGGACCGGACGUGGCGGGCCAGUCGCGACCGGGGAAGCGCAGGAAGAAGGGCGCCGACCCGGACAGCGAGGAGGAGCGGUGGUUGGACGCCCUGGAAGAGGGCAAGCUGGAGCAGGUGGACGAUGAGCUGCGCAAGAUGCGGAACCCGCUGCUGAUGACGGCCCGGCAGCGGGCGCUGCUUGAGAAACGCUCGGGCGACGACAGUCUGGAGAGCUUCCCUGGCCGAGCCGCUGGAAGAAGACGGGAGCCGCCGAAGCCGCGCCUGUGCGGCGUGGCGGCUGCCCGGAACCUGCGCCGCUACAGCUGCGCGCGCACGGGCGUGUCGCUCUGCAGUCUGCGCUGCUUCAACGCCAACGCGGCACUCCGAAGACCGCCAGCCAGCCGGUCCUAG